AUGGAUAAGAGUUGGAUUCAUAAGUCACGGGAUCGUGGAUUCCGUGCGGGCGAUAUAUAUGAAGCUGGUGUAAAUGGCUUCCUAAACUUUGCUUUUUCCAAAGUACCCAUAGGAGAGAAGAUUUUAUGCCCAUGUGUAAAUUGCAUUAAUCAACGAUUGGGAACAUGGGAUGAAGUGUUUGACCACUUGAUAGUUGAUGGAAUUAUGACUGGUUACACGAUAUGGAGUUUCCAUGGGGACGACAUAUCUUCAAAUACCACAGUGACAGAAAAUGUUACAGUUGAUGAAGAAGAUGAAGAUAUUGUUAACAUGCAUGACAUACUUCAAGAUGCAUUUCCCGGUCAAACCUUUGAAGGAGUUGGUGUUGGUACCACAAGUGGACACACAGAGGAAAUAAGAGAUGAUUCACAAAAAUUGCAUAGAUUGAUGCAAGAAGCAGAGAAGGCAUUAUAUCCAAAAUGUAAUAAAUUCAUAAAUCGUCAUUCAUGUUGCAUUAUAUCACAUAAAGUGCCUAUGCAAUGGAGUGACAAAUCUUUCUCUAUGUUAUUGGAUUUAUUGAAGAAAGCACUACCACAAGGUAACACCUUGCCGAAUUCUUUAUAUGAAGCAAAGAAGAUGGUUAAGGACUUGGGACUCAGUUACAACAAGAUCGAUGCAUGCCCCAAUGAUUGUAUGCUAUAUUGGAAGGAUGCAUCUAAUGAAAAGUCUUAUCGCAUUUGUGGGGCAUCAAGGUAUGAAUCCAAAAGCAAAGUUCCAGAAAAAACAUUACGUCACUUCCCUUUGAUACCAAGGGUUCAAAGAUUGUAUAGGUCAUCAGUAACAUCAUCUGACAUGAGAUGGCAUAAAGAUGGACGUAUAGAUGAUGGAAAAAUACGCCAUCCUGCAGACGCAGAAGCAUGGAAGGACCUUUGA